AUGUCUACUCAACCAACCAUAGUCGUAGCGGGCGCGGGAAUCUUCGGGCUGUCUGCGGCUCUUGAGCUUCAAAGCCGGGGUUACGCGGUAACCGUGGUUGACCCCGGGCCCGUGCCCCACCCCCUGGCUGCUUCCAAUGACGUCAGCCGGAUGAUCAGGAUGGACUACGGCGACGACAAGCUGUACAGCGACCUGGGUGCUGAAGCCAUUGAGGGAUGGCACGUCUGGAACGAGUGGCGCGGCAGGCCCCUGUACCACGAAGACGGGUUCCUGGUCCUCACCAGCAGGCCGCUGGAACCGGGUACGGUCGAGCGCCAGUCCUACGAUCUGCUCACCGCCGCCGGGUGGCCGCUGGAGCGACUCAAUUCCGAAAUCACGGCAGAGCGGUUCCCCCUGUGGAACUCGGAACACUAUACCGAUGGGUAUUUCAACCCCCGAGGCGGAUGGGGAGAGGCCGGAGAAACAGUCUCGUUCCUGGCCUCGCAGUCGGUCGCGGCAGGAGUCGACAUUCGUGCUGGGUUCAGUGCUGAAAUUGUGCUGGUGGAAUCGGGCAGGGCGGUCGGCCUGCGCUCGUCGGACGGGAGCGAGGUAAGGGCGGACAAUGUAGUGGUGGCCGCCGGGGUCUGGACUCCGAGGCUGAUUCCUGAGCUUGAGGACAUGAUGUCUCCGGUGGCGCAGACGCUGGUGUACCUGCGCCCUACCCUGCCGGACCGGUUCAGGCCGCCGCACUUCCUGCCGUGGGGCGCGGAUAUUCCCCGCACGGGCUGGUACGGGUUCCCGGCCAAUGCUGAUGGAGUGGUCAAGCUGGCGAACCACGGCCCCGGCCGUCUGGUUGACGCUGACGCGCCGAGGGACGCGGACCCGGAGGUUGUGGAGUACAGCCGCAGCCGCGCCUGCUUCUACAACGAUACGUGGGACGGGGACUUUUACAUCACCCGGCACCCGGAGAUCGAGGGGCUGGUCGUUUCCACGGGCGGGAGCGGCCACGCCUUCAAGUUCACGCCGGCGCUGGGCGGGAUCACGGCCGAUGUGGUGGAAGGCGAGCCCAACCGCUACGCCGCCAGGUUUGCGUGGCGGCCGCGCGGGGCGGUGACCAAGGAAUCAACCCGCUAUCACGGGGAGUAA